UGUACUUUCAUUAUGGAAAUGAUUGCCUUGUGGGUUCGACUAGAUCGUUUCCGUAACUGGUCAUUUUCAAAAUGGUGCUCUCGUUGGAUCGGUGGUUCGGAAAGGUGGCUGUGGUGACGGGGGCCAGUGUGGGGAUCGGCGCCCUUAUUUCGGAAAAAUUGGUCGAGGCCGGAAUCAUCGUGGCGGGCUUAGCCAGACGCACUCAGCCAAUAGAGGAGCUGUCCGCCAAGUUGAAAGGCAAAAAAGGCAAACUUCACGCCAUAAAAUGCGAUGUCACCAAAGAGAGCGACAUUAAAAAAGCUUUCUGGGAGGUGAAGAAAAUCGGACCGAUCCAUAUCCUGAUCAACAACGCUGGGUUGGUGCAGAAAACUACCCUGUACAAUGGGGAUCCGGAAAAGUGGAAAAAUAUAUUAGAGGUGAAUGUGCUCGGCACGUGUAUGGUAACCAAGGAAGCCAUCAAGGAUAUGACCGAGAACAAAGUGGCGGGGCAAAUAAUCAACAUGAACAGCGUCCUUGGUCAUUUCGUCUACAAUAUCCCUGAGGCCAAUGUUUAUCCAGCUUCGAAACAUGCUAUUACGGCUCUCACUGAAGCAUUGAGACUCGAAUUGCUUGAUAUCGAUUCCAGCAUUAAAGUGACGAGCGUCAGUCCUGGCCCGGUGAGCGGUACCGAAUUCUUCUCGCAAGAUAACCUCCAGGUGCAGGUCAAAGGGUUCCUAAAACCGGAAAAUAUCACCGACACCGUUAUGUUUGUGUUGUCCACGCCGCCGGAUAUGUUGGUGGCCGAUGUGAUCUUGAGACCGUUGAAAGAGCCCUAUUGAUUUUCCGUCAGAUAUCCUGUUUCGAGGUGCUCACGAAUUUUGAUAACGUUAACCUUGGUGCUAAUAUUGUGAAUAUUUUAUAAAUUAGAAUAAACAGAAAUAUCAGCA